CUUUUCCAAAACAACAUCACACUAUUUCCUGUAUGACUGAAACGAAAGUCAUUAUAUGGUGCGGAAUUUUUAACGACGGGUAUAUCCUCACCGAUUUAUUUUUGGUUGAUUGUAAUACAAGGCGUACUUUUAUGGGAUUGCACAGCAAGAACUAGGCAUGACUACAGAGUCUGACUCUCCAGAAGUGUGAAUGGAGUGGACGAGACUGACGAGAAAUGGACAGCCAAUGCAGCAGCAGUGUGGGCAACAUUAACUCAACACCCGUUUCUGCCCGUAUCGAGUCCUAUGAAGGAGAGAAGAAGUGCAUCUCUGAUGUCCGAAGAACAUUUUGCUUGUUUGUGACCUUUGACCUUUUGUUUGUCACCUUGCUGUGGAUCAUUGAGCUCAAUGUCAACGGAGGUAUAAAAGAGCAGCUGAGAAAAGAGGUGUUGGAAUAUGAUUACCACCAAUCGUUUUUUGACAUAUUUCUCUUGGCUGUGUUCCGCUUUGCAGCCUUGAUUCUAGCCUAUGCAGUGUGUAAGCUGCGCCAUUGGUGGGCCAUUGCGAUAACUACAACGAUUGCAACUGGUUUUUUAAUAGUCAAAGUAGUUGUGUCAAAGCUUCUUUCGCAGGGAGCGUUUGGGUAUUUGUUGCCCAUUAUAUCCUUUAUUCUGGCAUGGAUAGAGACGUGGCUGCUGGACUUCAAAGUCCUGCCCCAGGAGGCUGGUGAUGAAAUCAGUGAGAGUCUAAUAUCUAAUUACAGUGAGACGAGAAACAGUAGUCAUAACUAUGGGUAUCUUUCAGUGCAGAAUACACUAGAUCAAGAACCUCUUUUGUACCCAGGACCCGUUUCAGAAGGCCAGUUCUACUCUCCUCCUGAGUCCAUGGCAGAUUCUGAUGAAGACCUUGAUGAUAAACAUGAUCUUGAGAAGCCCAUUGUCUAGCAGGUUGUUAUUUUUCUUUUUUUAUCAGGAGCUCCGAGUGCAACAGCCUCUUCCAGCGCUGCUGGACCUCGGGCCGUGUGUCUUCAUAUGGGUUUUUGUACAUGGGUGACCAGAACUAGACAGUCUCUGCCUUCGAUCUACUAUCAGCAUGAUCAGCAGUUUGUUUAUCUGUCUCCAUCUGCCCACACAAGCUCUUAGUGAUUCUCCAUUUUUUUGUGUCUUAGUGUUUUUCCACUGAACCAGUUUGUUUAGUUUAGUUUAUGCAGUACGGAUUUAAAAAAAUGAAGGAUUUUAAUGUGUAUUUCGAACAGAAAUAACAAACAUUUAGCUUGUUUUCACUUGACACUCUUCAACUGCUUCUGUGUAACAAAACGACUGCAGUCUCACGUUUAUGCUAGCAUCUCCACACGUGUAUUAACUCUGAUCUCACAUACAUCACUGGAGAGAGGACCUCACUGUGAAUAGCAGUAUAGUCUCAGGUCUGCACUGCCACCUUUUUCCAAUCGGUUUUAUUUUUUUUAAUGUGAGUUCUACCAGUCUGAGUUUUUGGAACGAACAGCGAGAUGAUAGAGGCUUGAAUUACUUGUAAAAUAAAGGACUUGCCUGGUUUUGCAUGAAAUGCACUUAAAUGAAGAAAUAUAUGACAUGUAAUCAUGCAUGGAUUUGUUAUGUGUUGGUUUUUUUGUUUUUUUGGCUCCACUUUAGGAAGCAUUCCUAAAUCAUCUUAAGUAAAAGAAAUCUACUUCCUGUUGAGUUUACUUGUGCCAUGCUCACUGAAUAAGGGCUUAUGUGCCUUGUGCAGGUCUGGGACCUUCGUUUUUCUUUCAAUAAUUUGAGAAUCUCCAUGUACGUAUCACAAAGCCUCAAGUAUGCAGGAUGAUGGCAGAUUGUAUUCUUCCUUCGUUAUGCAUUAAAACAGUUACUGCUUUUAUUAAA